AUGAUGUCGGCCGCCAUAUUUUUAUCCUUAUGUCGGAGCAGGUCCCCGACGUUAAAAGCUUGCUUAACGCCGGUGGAUCUUGAAAACACCCACCGUCGAAAAUUCUUAUUGACUACUGUGCUCAAUCCAACCAAGUGCUCGACGAAAUGCCCAGCCUACAAGAAACCCUCGAAUCCACGGUUGAACAGUUGUUCAACUGGAAAGAAACAAAGAUUGAUUGCACCGAAUCCAAAGUAUACUUUUUCUGAUCUAUGGUUCUUUUGUUGGGAAUUAUUUCGAGGAAGGUUUAUCACCAAUUAACUUAAUAACUGAAACUGAAAUGCAUCGUCCAACCCUUGCUGGAAGGUUUUUCUGAUACAAAAACCAUUCUAUCAUAAAGUUGAUUAUGUUUUCUUUAUGGUUUUGGCUUUGAAGAUGCUACCAUUGAUGAGGAAAAGAAACCAGGUUAACGAAAUAUUGGAAACCAAACUAGGUCAACGAAAUGUUGGAAACCAAUUCUAUCAUUCACAUCGGAUGGGGAUUACAUAGUGUCAACAUAUGAGAAGUAGCAACAAUAUUCUGAAAUGGAUUAGCAACAUAUUAUGUUAGAAUAUAUUAGCAAUAAUAUUCUAUCAGAAUGUAUUAGUGUUUUACUUAGAUUUCAAUAUUUCUUUUAACAAAUCUCAAUUUUAUUCUUUCGGAAAAA